AUGCAUCUCACUGACUCUUAUGGUAUUUUGUUGCUGGAAGCUGUACGUUUGAAGCAAUUAAGCUUUUUUUCGACAUCUUCUGCAUUGAAUAGCCUUCAGGAAUUCUGUUCAGAUCUUUCUGAGCGUGGGAUAGUCGACAACUCACAUCCACAGGAUGUGGAUAAAAACGGUUUUCAAUCGUUAGCAACACUACCAAAUGUCCUCUAUGCUGGAUUUGAUGCCACAUCGGAUUCGUUACAUGUCGGUAAUUUAAGCAUCCUCAAUAGUUUGUUAAGAGCUGCCUUUUAUGGGUGUAAGUCCAUCGCUUUAGUCGGACAAACGACUGCUGUAGCUGGGGAUCCAAGUGGCAGAACUUCAGGUUUAACACCGAUGGUAAAUAAAAUGGAUGAGCAUUUUAUCAAAAGGAUAGUUUCUAAUUUUUGCAGUCAUUAUGGAGAGAAGUACAAGGAUAAACUGAGUCACACGUUUCGCGUAGGAGAUAUGCAUAGGUUGGCAGCUGUUAAAGCGCGAAUGCGUCCCGGUUUUGGAAUUGAUUAUUCCGAAUUUUCAUACCAGAAUUUACAAGCGAUGGAUUGGCUUCAUUUGGCUCAAUAUUAUAAUUGCUAUUUCCAGCUGGGAGGCAGCGAUCAGCUAGGGAACUUCGAUGCUGGUUUUGAUUACAUUCGCAGGAUUACUGGAAAGGUUUCUUGCGGGCUUGGCUUGUCGUUAGUUACCGAUCACAAAGGAGAAAAGUUAGGGAAAUCAGUCACCAGUCCAAAUGCUUCGGUUUGGCUUGAUCCAGAAAAAACGUCUCCUUUUGCAUUUUUCCAGUUCUGUUUUGUAAUUUUGGUCAAUUUCGAUGAACUGCUGAAGCACUUUUCAUUGGAACCGUUGAACCGCAUUCUUGCCAUUUUGGAGAAACAUGAAGCCAAUUUAGGUGGUUGGAUUGCUCAGGAGCAUUUAGCUGUUGAAAUGACACGGCUGGUUCAUGGUGAGGAAGGACUUAACCUAGCGCAGCGCUGUUCGAAGCGUUCUAUGGUAACCUUUUUUUCGUCAGCUACAUCGACACAUCAUAUUUCAAAAAAAGAUGUUUUGACCAUUGGCCGUUUGGCAGAUCUUGUGAAGCGUGGUAGAUCGUCAGGACUAAAUGCAGUAAAAAGCGGAGGGCUAAAGUUGAACGGGGUGCGGUAUACUGACGUUGAUGAGAAAGUAGAUUACGAGAAGUUGAAAUUUGGUGGAAAGGAUUUGACUAUUGUCUGCUGGGGGAAAAGACAUUUUGACCUGGUUGUGUGGUCUGAGUAA